CACGAAACGGAGACAGAGACACGGACAGAGAAACGGACAACGGCUAAAGGACCGGAGGCACCGACACACACACCGUCUGUCUAUCCGUCGGUCGGUCCGUUGGUCCCGGUGCAGGCGGUGGUUUGUUCACCGGAGGACCGGAGGAGAGGAGAGACGAAGCCCGGACAGGAAGAGCUACUUCAGGAUGUUUGAGGACCUGAUUGAAGCCUUCUGUGGGGUGGAGCCUGAGGUUUCUCCAGGGGGCGGGUCAUGUCUGCGGGGGCGGGGCCUGGAAGAGGACGAGAGGGCGGAGUCCAGUCUGAGUGUGGGACAGUUCGUCCUCUGUCAUUGGUCAGAUGGACUCUACUACGUGGGCAAAAUACAGCGGGUGAGCCCUCCCAGACAGAGCUGCUUCGUCACGUUUGAAGACAACUCCAAGUUCUGGGUCCUCUGGAAGGACAUCCAACACGCUGGCGUGCCGGGGGAGGAGCCUCAGUGCUCUGUAUGCCGGGAGGCGGGGCCAAACUCUGACAGCCAAUCAAACAACCUGAUCCUGAUCUGUGGGAAGUGUGGCAUCGGUUUCCACCAGCAGUGCCACGUCCCUCCUGUAGAGGGCAGCAGCAGUCUCAGUCCGUGGUUCUGCAGACGUUGUGUCUUCGCUCUGGCUGUUCGGAAAGGUGGCGCCCUGAAGAAAGGUCCGAUAGCGAAGGCACUGUCGGCCAUGAAGCAGGUUCUGCCGUACGACGUGGACUCUCUAGACUGGGACUCUCAGCACCGGACCAAUCAGCAGCAGUGUUACUGCUACUGCGGCGGCCCCGGAGAGUGGUACCUGAAGAUGCUGCAGUGUUUCAGGUGUCAGCAGUGGUUCCAUGAAGCGUGCACGCAGUGCCUGCAGGAGUCCAUGAUGUUCGGAGACAGGUUCUACCUGUUCCUCUGCUCGGUGUGUAACAAAGGCUCAGAGUACGUCCGCCGGCUGUCUCUCAGGUGGGUGGACGUGGUUCACUUGGUUCUCUACAACCUGUCGGUCAGCAGCAAGAAGAAAUACUUUGAGCUGGACGAGAUCCUCGCCUUCGUUUCAGCCAACUGGGAGCAUCUGCAGCUCGGAAAGCUGUCCAACACUCCUCCAGCAGAGAGGGGGCAGCACCUGCUGGACGCUCUGAAUAAAUACAAGAGCAAGUUUCUGUGUGGGAAGGAGAUUAAGAAGAGGAAGUGCAUCUUUCGUCUAAGGACCCGAGUUCCUCCUAACCCCCCCUCCAAGCUGUUUCCUGAGCGCGCUCAGAUCGAUGGUGGGCGGGGCCGUAAGAAGACCACAGCCAGUGGCUCGUCUGAGAGGAAGAAGAGGAAGUCCAAGUGGCUGCUCGAAGACGCCAUUCCCAGCAACGAGUUGUCCUGCAGCUGGUCCUCCAACCACCACAUGGCCAACAUCUUCGACUUCACCCUGGACGAGCUGCAGAGCCUCAAGAGCAGCUCCAGUAGAACUGUCAGUAUCGAUCAGGACUCCACCGAUGUCUCCACUGCAGGUUCUGCUACGACCAGCACCUCCUACCACUUCAGGAGGAGGGUGGGCAGUAGGAAGAGGAAGUUGCCAAGCAACAGCUACAGCCAGUGGGCCAAUCGCAGUGAGGCGGGAGAAGAGCUUGGAGGGGAGGAGCCUCCCGGGAUCAUGGAGGACCGAGAACACACCCACUUGCCAACAGACCCCGCCCACCUCCUAUCAGAUCCCUCCCAGAUUCACUCUGACUCCUCCCACCUGCACUCCUCCAUCUCCUCAUACUUUGGCGUGGCGGGCCGACUGACCAACGGUGAACGGUACCAGGUGCUGGCUCGCCGGGUCACGCCUCAGGGGACAGUGCAGUACCUGCUGGAGUGGGAGGGGACAACUCCUUAUUAGGACAUUACCAUAGCAACAGGGUUUGGGCUUCCUGAGAAGCUUUGAUUCCUAUUUCUCCAAACAGAGACCUCUGAGCUCAGUUGACCCUCAAGUUCCAUGACAGCGGCACACCUGAGUAACCUCCUGAUGAGGCGUCCACUUUUAAUCUAAGUUAUUGAUUUUAACCUGCUGCCAACACAACCUCCUGUUGCCUUGGAACAGAAACCUGAGUCUUAGCUGUCGUCCCAGCUUCCUUGUAAACCUCUGUCCCCUCUGCGUCCCCGUAAACACCUGUCCCCUCUGCGUCCCCGUAAACCUCUGUCCCCUCUGCGUCCCCGUAAACACCUGUCCCCUCUGCAUCCCUGUAAACCUCUGUCCCCUCUGCGUCCCCGUAAACACCUGUCCCCUCUGCGUCCCUGUAAACCUCUGUCCCCUCUGCGUCCCCGUAAACACCUGUCCCCCUGUAAACACCUGUCCCCUCUGCGUCCCCGUAAACCUCUGUCCCCUCUGCGUCCCUGUAAACACCUGUCCCCUCUGCGUCCCCAUAAAC